AUGAAAUAUUUAAAUUUAAAUUUUGCGUUAUUAUUUUUCACUAUUUUUAUACAAUUUAUACAAGUGGGACUAACCCAACAUUUGCCUGAGGGAUGGUUUCGAGCCGGAUCUCAUCCAGAAAAUUACAUGAUGGGACCCGGAAGCAGCGGUUAUGUAAAAUCAAUUCCAAGCGUAGAGUUUCCUUACAGCUAUGGUACUUUGAUACAAUCUUUUUUUCCGAAAGCAUAUCUCGGCAAACGUGUUCGAUUAUCAGGAUUCGUAAAAUCCAAUAAUGUCACAGGCUGGGCUGGUUUGUUGAUGCGGGUCGAUACAUUGUCAAAACUAUAUCUCGAUACUAUGUAUCGUCGACCAAUCACAGGUAAUAAUGAUUGGACGGUGUAUGAAGAUGUUUUAGAAGUUCCUAUUAUAGCGACUAAACUUACCUUUGGUAUUUCAUUAGUUGGUGAAGGAGAAGUUUGGCUUGAUGAAUGCAAAUUUGAGAUCGUAGAUCCAACAAAGGUCAACCUCACUGAAUUAACUGCAGCAGAUGGAGGCGUUGAAGCUAGUCCUAAUGCACUUCAAGAACCAAUUAAUCUCUCGUUCUAA